CUAUGGCGUCUUUAGCUAGUCAGACUUCUUGUUAUACGAAGUUUUAAGUUAAUGGCUAUGUUUAUGCAACCGGCCCAAGUACCAAAAGUUAUCACUCAGCCACACUGGGGCUUUUAUUUUGAAAUCAUCUCAGCGGUUCCGGUUGCUGUGGCGUCAAGUGACGUAAAAUCUUAUUUGCAGCGCUUUCUUCACGCUGUUCUCACGUGUAAAUCUAAACAUGGAGAUAUCCAGCGCUGAAAGCAUAACUUAUAGCAAGGAUCAAGAUGAGACCCAAUCUGGAAGAGAGAAAAUGGAGGUGGACAAUAACAAUUCACCUUUUCAGACUGAACCAAAAGUUGAUCAGAGCUCCAGUUGCCAAGUUGGACCAGCAGGAGAAAUGUGCAUCAGUAGUCAAUCUGGACUGAAAGGAGAUCCGUGCCCUACCGUUAAUUCUGAACGGACAGGAGAUCAUUGCUCCAGUAAUCAGUCUGAAAACAGAGUAGAUCAGUGCACCAGUAUUCAAUCUGAGCACAGAGUAGAUCAGUGCACCAGUGUUCAGACUCAACAGACCACAGAUCGGUCCCCAAAUAUUCAGUCUGAACACAAAGUAGAUCAGUGCACUAGUAAUAAGUAUGGACCUGCAGAGAUGCUUUGCGGAACUGUGGUAAGUCCUCUCUGUGCCACUGGAUCCUUGGCUCUUUGGAGUAUGCAGUGCAGAGGAAAUAGCUCAGAUGACAACAGCUCAGACAGUGACUCAGACUCCUCAUCCUCCUCAUCGUCCUCUUCGUCAUCAUCUUCCUCCUCCGAGCCUUUAAUAAUAAAUCACCGUGAAGAUGAUGAUGGUGUUGCCAUGGGCAAUGGGAAGGGGCCAGCACCAGUGAAAACCCAAGAUGAGCUACUUUUAGAGGACCUUCCUGCAGUGGAGAACCUGACUAUUAGCCUUCCAGAAGAUACAGAGAUGGAGCCCAUUGGGACAAUAUCAAGCAUUGUAGAGCAAUUAGUUAUCGUGGAGUCAUACAAGAACACACCACUGCUGAAUGUGGACAGUGUGUUAUUCAGCAAAGACAGAAUCUCUAUUGGCAAGGUUUUUGAAGUCUUUGGUCCAGUUUGUCAGCCCUACUAUGUUUUGAGGUUCAAUUCCCAUGAAGACAUUGACCAGAAAGAUCUUAAAAUCCGAGACCCGGUUUAUUUUGCACCAAAAAUCAAAGAUUUCACAGACUUCAUCUUUACAGAGCAACUUAAAGAGAUCAAAGGGUCAGAUGCAUCCUGGAAAAAUGACCAGGAACCACCUCCAGAGGCACUAGACUUUAGUGAUGAUGAGCAAGAAAGACUGGCCAAACAGAAGCUGAAAGAGCAAAAGAGACGACAACAGAACGAUUCUAACUCAGAGGACAAAUCCGAUGCCCAUAAAGCUCCACUUCCUCAAAAAUCUGCCCGGAGGAAGCCCCGACAGAACCGCAACGUUCCACGUGGGCAACACCACAAUCCUGGUGGCGGUUUCCAUAGCAAUUAUCAUGCACACCACCACUUCCCACAUUCUGACUACAUGUACCCCCCUUCUGAUCCACACCUGUUUCCCUUCCAGGGCCCAAUGUACCCCCCCUAUAAUAGACCACCACCCUUUCACAUUGGCAUGCACCCAUGGCCCCCAGGGGCCAAUCAGGGCUUUAUGUUCCAGCCCCCACCUCCUCCCCCACCACCGCCAUCUAAUCAUUAAACCUGUGACUGAAUUAUCUUUAUCACCAAAUGCCCAACUUGCACCUAAUGAAGGGAACACAAUCAUUGUAUAUUAACAUAACUGUAUACAAGUGUAUAGUAUGGAUUAAGCAGCCUUGUAUAUUAUUAGAGUGUAGUUUUGUAUUAAAAAUGCUUAAUUUCUCAUUUUCAAUGUGUCUAUUUUACUGUGUGGUGUUUUUCUUUGUUUUUUUUUAGGUAUGAUUUUUGGAUUGCUUAGUAUUCUAUUUUUGAGCUCUUUUGUACAUACAAAAAGGAUAGAAUUCACAAAGGUCUAUUCUGCAGCCCACAAAAGAAAAAUGAACACUCAGGGGUUUGUUCAAAUCCCUAACCCUAAGGAUGAGCAAUUGUAAUAGUGAUACUUUUCUGAGCACCACUAAAAAUCUCCAUUUGAACAAUUUAUAGGCCUAUACUGUAAAUAAUAUGUCAGCUGUGUUAAAUUGAAUCUACAAAAACUGACCAUUUCUGUAGGCUUUAUUCCAUGUGUCAUUUUCCCAUCUGUGUCUAAAUAUGUCCUGAAUAGCUUCAGUUCCCUGACCUAUCCCAUGAACCCAUAUCCCAUACCCCUGUGUUGCUUUUCCUUCUGAUAUUCAGGACUUCUCUGGAUGUUCUCUUUCUCUGUGUUGUUUUGAAACUGUAUAGUUGUGACCUCAGCAACCCAAUCAUUGUGACUCAAGGUCACAGUGUGUUUGUAGCAGAUUGGCAAUGCCCAAGGCAACCCAAUCCAUCUGGGCAGUUUAAUUUCCUUAAAUGCAAAAUGGGGCACCUGGAUGGAAAGUGUGGACUGAAUUUGUUUUCUGAGACAUUUUUGAGCCAUUGAAACAGGAAGGAAAUUAGGCUUGUUUAUCUCACAGUGAUAUAUUGAUCCUUUUCCGAUUUUAAAUCGCCAGGCCUUUAAUACAUACCUAAAAACAAAAAUAAUAAUUACUAGUAAUAUUUACAUCAUUUUUAUUUAAAAAGAUGUGAUUUCAUGUUGUUUGAUUUUGCAUUUUCUGUUGUGUCUAUUUGAGUUGCUGCAUAGAAUAAAAUAAAUGUAACAAAAAUAAAAAAAUAACA